UCAAGCAAUUUUGGAUCAAGGCCGUCAAUGGCUCAAGGCCCUCAAGGACUCAGGGCUCAGAGCUCUACAUCUGACUUUAUCUCCUGCACUCACCUUUACAUCCCCUUAUUUCCACUCACCUCUCACACCGCAUUUCACGAUAUUGUUCUUGCCUUCGUGCUGUGCGAUUGUGGGUUGAAUUUUCGUGUGACACGGGCAUUGAACGGUAUCAACAGGGUUCCUUGAGCGGGCGUGGGGAAUGGCAUAUAUCAGUUUCGAUUUUUGUCCUCGCAGCCACGACGCCGUCUUCUUCAACGCGCACGCCGGAACGGGAUGCAAAUUCUGCAAACAGCAUGCUAUUGCGAACGCCGUCGGCUACAAUCCAAGAUCUACUUUUGCUAUUGUCCGCUCCCGCAUUCAUUCCUCCGCGCGCCCCGGCAUCCUCCGCACGCACUCCGACGUGCGGCUGGUUUCAAUGGAGGAUUCUGGCACAUGGGCCCGAAACGUUCAGGGCAUGUCCUAUGACGGCGUGGUUUUCCGCGGUGAUCGCAUUACUGACGGUGGCGACGAGUUUGACUUUGAAACAGGAACCAACAAUACCAAUCAUACCGACAUGAAUAAUCAAACCGACGACGAUAAUGACAACCCUCCCCAACCCGAACGACUUGGCCCGCAGGCUGCUACGCCGACUUCUCCACGCUAUGACAGUUCCCAAUUGUCUUGCCACAGUCCAGACGGAUGAAUACAGAGACACGUAACAAAUGGCACGCACG